AUGGUUGCUCAACUGAAGACUUUUGGCGACUUCGACACCCACUUCAACAAGGACACUGACGAGAUCACCGCUGAUGGCGUGUUAACCGUUUCCAAAGAGGGAAGAGAAAAGGCAAAAUACCCGGAGUUUUUGCCUCAAUGGGAUCCUAACCAGAAGUUUCCACCAUUGAAGUUUUUCAAGCACGAGGAUCCGGGCCUCAGAGCCGACCCGGGGUUCCCUAACCUUCUUCCCAAAGAUGGUACUCAAAAGGUACAAAGAGUGACUCCAAAAUUGGGAACCGAGAUCACAGGGGUGCAAUUGUCUCAUUUGGAUGACAGGGGCAAGGACGAGUUGGCGUUGCUUGUGGCCCAGAGAGGCGUGGUGAUUUUCAGAGACCAGGACUUUGCCAAACAUGGGCCUACUUUCGCAACCAACUUUGGUAAACAUUUUGGCAGACUCCACAUUCACCCAACUUCAGGAGCUCCAAAAGACCACCCAGAGUUGCACAUCACCUACAGAAGAGCCGACCCGAAUGAGUUUGACAGAGCGUUCUCUGAGAGAGUCAACGCUAUUACCUGGCACUCUGAUGUCUCUUACGAGCUCCAGCCCCCAGGAAUUACCUUCUUCUCUGUUUUGGAAGGCCCUGACUCUGGAGGAGACACGAUUUUCGCCGACAGCGUCGAAGCUUACAAGAGAUUGUCGCCAGAGUUCCAAAAGAGAUUGGCUGGGUUGCACGUUUUGCACACCUCUGGCGACCAGGCACUGAAUUCCAGAAGAGCCGGUGGAGUCGAGAGAAGAAAACCGGUGUCUCACAUCCACCCAUUGAUCAGAACUCACCCAGUAACCAAGGAAAAGAUCAUUUUCUUGAACAGGCCAUUUUCUAGAAGAAUUGUCGAGUUGAAGCAAGAAGAGUCGGACUACUUGUUGAACUUCUUGUACAACCACAUUGAAUUGGCUCACGACUUGCAGUUGAGAGCCAGGUGGGAGCCUAACACCGUUGUUGUCUGGGACAACAGAAGGGUGCUGCACUCCGCUGUGAUUGACUGGGAUGAGCCAAUUUCCAGACAUGCCUUUAGAAUCACUCCUCAGGCCGAGAGACCCGUGGAGGACUUAAAGGACUUGAACAAGGAGGAAUUGGAGAUUGGCGAUGUCGUGGAGGCUAUUUCCAAUUUGAAAUAA